AUGGAGAAAGAAAAAGCUGCGAUAAACUUUGAGAACCUCAAAAAUGUUUGCAAUAUAUUUUUAUACAAAAUUAAAGAAUCCGCCGAUUUAACAAGCCAAGAAAAAUGUGAAAAACGUGAGCAAUAUGAUGAAGUAAGAAAUGGAUAUGAAACUACAAAAUGGAGAAACAACGAUGUAAAAAAUGAGAAAGAGAGUGAAAAUUUACAAAAACCCAAUGAUAAUAAAAUUGUGAAUUCUAUGUAUGGAAAAGAAACAACUUGUAAUAAACCUACUGAUGAAUAUAAAGAAAACACAAUCCUUUUUAGUUACGUUGGAAAAAAAUUAUUUCUAAGCAAUAAUUUAAAUGUAAAAAAAGAGGAAAUUAUAAGAAAUUGUAUUGUAGUAAAAAAGGAUAAUAACUUAUCGAUGAUAUUCAACAAGAGAAAGAAUCUAUAUGCAAUAGUCAUCCCACCAAAUGUCAAAAAAAAUCCCAAAAAAAAUUCCCAAAAAAAUAAAUACUCAUAUAUAUAUUCUGUUUAUACUUAUUGCAAAAUUCGAUAUAAUACCGAUUUGAGAUACUUGAUAAAAAUUAACUUUUUAAAAUCCACUUUUAAAGCUCUCCAAAUUUGUACUAUAAAUUUUAACGAGCACUUGUUAUCAUUACUACUAAAUUAUACAUCAUUACAGAAAGAUGAUAUAAAAGAUAAAUUAAAACUCUUUAAUAAUUCAAACAUUCUAUACUUUAUUAUAGUUACCAUUCUUGAGAGUAAAAAUGAUCAAGCUUUAGUUGAUACUGCAAUGAGUGUACUAAAAAAAGGAAAGAAAAAAUCUAGCAUUUUUCACAUAAUAAAAAAUAAAUCAUAUUCUAAUAGCUUAAAAUUAUUUAACUAUAAACAUGUGUCUUCUCAAAAUAAAUUUUAUACAACUUAUUAUUUUAGUAAUAAUGAUGAAUCAAAUUUAUCUAAACAAAGGGAAAGUAUAUAUAAUGAAGAAAAAAUAAAAAUAAAAAAUAACAUUUUAUUAGUUAGACAAAGGAAUGAAUUUUUUCAAAAUAUAUUGUCCAUUUUUUCUUUAUUAAAUAUAGAAAAUAAACCUCUAUUAGAUUUUUAUAAUUUAGAAAAUCAUACAAGGAUAUUUAUAUAUAAUUGUGAAAAAUUAAAUAGAAAUAUUUUUAUUAAUUUUUUAAAAAGUUUUCAAAAUUUUUAUAUUCAUUUUGUAAACUUAAAUACAUUAUUUGGUUUAUAUUUCAGUGAAACAGAAAGAAAUAUUGUUAACGUCUUUAAAAAGUGUCAUCGAGUUUUGAGAUGUGUUUCAAAAAAUGUUUGUUUGGUCAUCGAUGGUAUUGAUAUAAUAGCAAAGAAUGAUACAAAAAAUCCCAAGGAAAAUAUUAAUUCGUCAAUAAUUGAUGAAGCUAAUAGAAAUUGUAACAGUAGAUUGUUGGCCACUCUACUGCUAUGCCUGGAUAGUGUAGACAAUGAUACCUCUAACAAGUACAAAACAACUAGCCAAAAUAGCUUCGAAGCAAGCUCAGAUGAUAGUACAAUAAACCCUCAAACAAAUCAACAAAAUUGUAAAAAAGGUAAGAAGAAAAAUAUACCUAUGCAUAAUAACCAAGAUGAUCCCAGUUUUUCUUUUUCCGAAUUCAGUGAUAAUAAUGAUUUCUCAGAUAAUACAGAAAAAGAAAGAGAGAGAAAAAAAAAAGGAAAAAAAAAAAAAAAAAUGUCCGAACAUAUAUAUUUUGAUAUUAAAAAGCUAGAAAAAAUUUAUAAAGAAAAACAUCAAGAACUAAUAAAAAAAAAAAAAAAUAAUAACUUAAGUGUUAUUGUUAUAAGUGAUAUGGACUUAACAAAUUUUGAUACUUCUUUAACAAGAGCAGGAAGAUUUUUUCAUUAUAUAAAUUAUCGUUCAUUCUGCUAA